CUAGGCCUAUCGAUACAUAAAAAUGAUUUCAACAACAUGAAAAUCGUCGGGCAAUUCAACAAAGGUUUUAUUAUUGUUUAUAAGAGGGAUACAGAUGACAUAUUAAUUAUUGACCAACAUGCAUCUGACGAGAAGUUCAAUUUUGAGAAACUUAUAGAUGAAACAGUGUUUGAGAACCAACCUUUAGUUGUGCCUCAGAAAAUAGACUUGAAUACAAUUGAGAGGCUAACAAUUUUGAACAACCUUAAAAUCUUUGAGAAAAAUGGGUUUAAAUUCAAGACAUGUGUUGUUGGUGAAGAAGGGGAGGUGGAAUCGGAGGUGGAAGCGGAGCACUUUAAACGAGAAGAAUUGUACCUCACAGCCCUACCCUACUCCAAGAAUACUAUUUUUGAUUUAAAAGAUCUAAACGAGCUAAUACAAUUGGUCGAAGAGAAAGGGGCCUCCACCAUGUCGAUUCCUAGACCAAGUAAGGUUAGAUCGAUGUUCGCAAUGAGAGCAUGCCGCUCCAGUAUCAUGAUUGGGUCAUCAUUGAGCAGGCUCAAAAUGGAAACUGUCGUUCAGAAUCUUUCUGCUCUUGAUAAACCUUGGAAUUGUCCCCACGGUAGGCCCACCAUGAGACAUCUU